CGUUCGAUAUCAUACUCGAGACGCGGCGGUAGUCUAUGUUUGACGAGCGGACGCGUUCGGUCGACGACCACGACCACGAUCACGGUGACCGCGUUCAUUCGUCAGUUUUCAAAAUAAUAUAUUACCUAUAUUAUUGAUAUUGCGGGUGUUAUAUACAGAUCGAGCGAGCAUCGGUAUACCGUUCCGUUUUCGUCGUCGUCGUUACCGAGAAAUUUUUUCUCCUCCAGGUUUUUACGCCCCGUGACAUCGCCGCCACCGCCGCCGCAGUAAUAACCUCCGCUGCGGCUGAAGCCCAAAUAAUUAAAUAGCUUUCACGCGCCAGUCGCGUAUGGCCGUCGUCGUGAUGCGUUAUUGUGUUCCGUCGACGAUCCGUUGGCGCGUCGAUCGGAAAUCGGAGUUCGCCGAGAAGACACGGUCGUAAGUCGAAAUAUUUUGAUUUUCAAGUGGUCACAAUUAUUAAAGUAAUUCCUAUAUUAAAAAUUGUGUGGCACCCACGAACAAAGCAGUGAACUAAUUAGUUUCUUUAUUAAUCAAUUUCAAUUAAAAAUAAUAAAAUUGAAAAAAAUAUGGCCAAUUCUACGUCAGUGACUAAGUGUACUGAUUUUUCCGUGUCCAGUCUAUGUCGAGACAUGAAGACUUCACCUCCUGAUCCUGCAAUCGUGGUCGGUGGAACCGGAACUAAUAUGAAAUUAACACUGCCUCUAGCUGCUUGCGCACCGUUUUCAUCCAAUAUAAAUGGACCAACUGCCAUCACGACCGCAGUUGCCGGCAGACCGCCGCAGUCCACGUCGCCGUCGCCGUCACCGUCGCCAGCCACGCUGCGCGAACUGUACGCCAUGGCGGCCAGCCAACAGCACCAACAGCAUUCGCGACUGCUCGAGCUGUCCAACAGAUAUCGCGGGUACCCGGAAAUCGCCCAUCACGUGUUCAACCAACAAGGAGCCGUCACCAAGUUGCUAGGGACCCUAAGACCUCCCGGUUUGAUUGGUGGAAGCAAACCCAAGGUUGCCACCCCAGCAGUCGUAUCGAAAAUUGAAUUCUACAAACGAGAAAAUCCAACGAUAUUCGCGUGGGAAAUUCGCGAAAAGCUCAUAUCUGAAGGAGUGUGCACGAACGGCACGGCGCCAUCGGUGAGCAGCAUUAACCGGAUACUGAGGAACAGGGCGGCGGAGAGGGCUGCGGCCGAGUUCGCCAGGGCUGCCGGGUACGGUCUGUACCAGGUGUCGCACCCGUACGCGUCGUUCCCGUGGCCGCCGCACCCGCACGGCAUGUGGCCGGGUGUGGCCGCGGCUGUCUCGUCGUCCGGCGGACUUCCGUUGCACCACGGGCCAGGCGCGUCCAACAAGGCCACGCCACUGCAGCACAUGAUCAACGCCCAUCAGCCUUGCGGCGUCAUGUCGUCCAGAGAUCUCAUGCCCAGGCUCAUAGGCGACGGAUCCGGAGGCGUCGACGGUUGCAAAGAUGACAUGGAAAGCGUAGGCAGCGGCAGCGGUUCCGAGCAACCAAAGUUCAGGCGCAACCGGACCACGUUCAGUCCGGACCAACUCGACGAAUUGGAAAAGGAGUUCGACAAGAGCCACUAUCCGUGCGUGAGCACUCGCGAACGGCUAGCUGCCAAGACCAGUUUGUCCGAAGCCAGAGUCCAAGUGUGGUUCUCGAACCGAAGGGCCAAGUGGCGGCGGCACCAGCGCAUGAACAAAUCGCGUCGGUCGGGCGUGGCGGCCGCGUCGACCGUGUCGGGCGGCAGCAGCGGUUCGGCAGCGGGUACGCCCACGCCGCCGGUCGUGUCGCCGGUCGCGGGGGCGAUCGGCGGUUCGUCCGGUGUACCGGACGGCGUCGGCGGCCCCCCGUGCCCGGCCACAGUGGCCAGGUGUCUGGGCGGUGGCGAGAACAGCGCGUUCCGGUCGCUCAUGCCGCAACAGCACUUGCACCGACAGCUCGUCCAGCAGAGUUACGCGGCGUCCGAGUCGUCCGAAGAGAUAAACGUGACGACGGACGACGAAGACGACGACGGCGGUCGCGUCGGUGGCGCCGGUGGCGAAGAACCGAUGGACGACGCAGACGGUUCCAAUUCGUCUUCGUACAACGCCCAUAACGACAACAACAAUAACGACGGCGGCGGCGGCGGUGGCGGAGAUGGCGACGAUGUCGGUGACGGCGACGGCGACGGCGGAAAGACGUCGGCGGCCACCGCUCUGGCACCUCAUCAUCAUCAUCAUCACCAUCACAAUAACAAUCACCCGUCCCGUCCGCGAUUCGGCGCCGACCGACUUCCGUACUUCGGUCACAUUAUGCAUCCGGCCGACGUGAAACGAACGGUCGACAGCCCGAACAACAAUCAUCACCACCUGAACCACCUAAACCAACACCCUCACAACAACAACAACAACAACCACCACAGCAACAACAACAUUCACCACCACAACAGCGUGCUGUCCACGAUCGCUUCGUGGCGCGAAAUGGCCGCCUUUACCGCCUUACACCACCGGGCCCUCGAACAGGGCGCGGCCAAAGCGGCGGCGGCGGCUGCGGCUGCGCAACCGCUGCAGUUAACCAAGUACGACAAGGACAGAGCGUAGGCGCAGGUGUUACGGUUUACGACCAAAAGUCCGAUUCAAAAGUCUCCGUCCGAUUAUCGAUAUAUUAAUCGGUUGCAAAUCGUAUCAGGUAAACGCGAUCAAUAUCAAGACACGACGUAACAUUGUAUAUUAUAUAUUUAGAGACAAGUAAGACGGUCUAUAUAGUAUUAAGUUUAAUUUUCGUCGCCACACUGUCAUAACGUGGUGUGUCGUGUUAAAUAUAAAUUAUGAGAAUAUUAUAUUAUAAUGUCGAGAUGGACGGAAAAAAUAAUAUUGAAUACGGUGGUACAGUGGUGACAGUGAUGGAGGUUAUAUUGUACGUUUGUAAUGCACUACAGCAUAGAUCAGCGCUCGAUCAAAGACUUUUGAAUCGCUCUGUAUCAUAAUAUAUAAACAUAGCGAUAGACGAUAGUAUAAUAAUAGUAUAUUAAUAAAGUAUGACACAAUAAUAAUGUCAUCGCGUGUUUGCACGGGUAGGAAUAGUCCGAUGGCAGUUUCCGGUUUUUUUUUUUCAUUUUUCUGCCUUUUUCUCCCAGAUUAUACCCCCAUCUCUCGUCGUUAUAAUUUUUUGGAGGUUAAUUUAAUUUAACGCCGUCGAACCGAUUCUCGUGUAGUCGACGGUAAUAAAGAGUAAUAAUAAAGUACCCCUCUCGUCCUUCGGGGGAGCGUUUAUACUUAGUACGGUUUAUUUGCAUUUGCAGGGCGUAGGUACGCAGGACGAGUUUAUUUCCAAUUAACGUCGUUUCGCAUGCCGAACGGUCUCGUGACUACAUACACUCAUCGAAUACAAGGACUUGAGGUGUUGCUUUAGGAAGAGGGAUACAAUAUUUCCCCGAACACUCGAAUAUCGCAUUGAGCUGGGCCGAGGUGAGAGCGUUUAUUAUUAUUUUUUAAUGACAACAGGGACCCAUCGUUUCUGGCACAUUAGGUAGAUACAUAACAUUACACUAAAAUCGGGAAAUCGGGAGAAAUAUUUCCGGGGGACACUCUUCAUCGCCAGACGACCGUCCAUACUGCUGCUAUUUUAGAUUUUAGGUUAUUUAUUCCUCUUUUCGUUUUAAUUAUGACGUUUUCGUAACUGCGUGUGUGUUGUACACCAUUUGUUAAUGUAUAUUAAUCGCGAUUACUUAUGUAUAGUAUUUCAUGUAAGACGUGUAUCCAGUAGGCAGUAAGUAGUUAAUUUAAAUCAAUUAUAUUAAUAUUGUAAUGUUGUAUAAUAUGUUUAGUUCAUGUUGGUCGGUUCAACGAUCGGUAUGAUCAUAAUAUUAUAUGUUUGUAUAUAUAUUACUGUGGUGUAUAAUAAUAGUUUAUGGUGUUCGAAAUGUACAACAUAGUCAAUGGAACAAAAAAUAUGAAACAUAGCUAUACAUACUUGUACCUAAUAAUUUAAUAAUAGGAUGAUGUAGGUGUAAAAUAAUAUAUAUAUAUAAUAAUAAUAAUAUAAUAAAGACGAGUUUGAUGUGACGUCUAUUUUUUGUGUUUUUUUCGCCUAUCGACACGGUUUACACCGUUUUGAUUACAUUUUUUAUGUAUAUAAAAUAUAAAUAGAGUGGCUAUUGAAACACAUAAUAUAUGUACAUUCAAAUAGUUUAGGUAAGCAAGUGUGUUUUUAUUUAUUUAUUAUUUAUUUUUAUUUAUUUUUUUUUUUUUGUAAAUAACUAUUGUAGACGAUUUACAAGUACCGCGUUGAAUGGAAGCGUUGUAAAUCCAUACCGUUUCGCGGAUAUUGCAUUUAUUUUAUUCAAGUGCUGCAGAUAUCGAUAAAACAAUAUUUUCAUUACUUAUUCACAAUAAUAUAAUAAUAUUAUAGAUACAUAAAAAAUAACAUAAAUAUGAAUUAAAUAAUAUCCACCUCGUGGCUUACAAAUGUUCAAACCCGUAUUAAAGGCAUAGGACCACAAUGAAUCGUGUACACUGAAUUUUAUAGAAUUUUUCUGUACAAGUUGUAACCCGUUUGCAGCAUUGUGUGGUGCUAAAGAUUUAUUGCAUACAAAUCAUAAUGUUAAUAUAAUUUAAUAUUGUAAUAUAUUUUAUCAAUCUCUGCAGAGACCAUCGAAUCAUGAUUUGAAAUCUGUACGUAUUUUAUAACGAAACCCAAUCGAUGUAUAAUUGUAUUUGUUUUUGGUAAAGGUUUCGGUGUAUGAUAAUAAAAUCGUCGAUAUCUUUUUAUGUCAUUUUCGGUCUCUAUGCGUGUAAAAUUGGGUUACUCUCAUCCCCGACGUCUUUGAGUUUAUAUUUCCAACGAUAUCCGUACCACAGUGCUAUGCGUACUAUAAAAUAUACACGACAGGAGUGUUUUGAACCACAAAAUCCUAAAACGCAUACUUAUUGAAGACCGACGUGUACAAAUUAUAAUGUUCUGUGGACACGCAAACCACGCUCACCGCUAAGACCAUUUUCUCGGAUGUCUUUGUACAUGACUUUUUUGUUUGUCGAAUCACGCGUGCACUUAUUUUUAAUUGUUUUUCUUUUACUCGAACAUAACUUAAGGUACACUACACUUUGGAUUUAAUUUUUGGAGGGACAUCAAAUUCUGUACGAUUCUUAAACUUUAGGUUUACGUAAUAAUAUUAAAUAUAUAUAGCUAAGAUUGCAGUGAUGUACAUAUUAACAUAAAUAUAUUUAUUAAAUGUCAAAUUAGACACAUUUAUUUUAGUCUGGGAAGGUGAAAUCUACGUGGGCGGUGCUAAAAGUUCAUUGACAUUAGACUGGAAAUUAGAUGUCCAACUGAAGUUUGAUUGGGUCGGGGAGGGGGGCAAUAUCCCCUAUUUCCUGCACCCCCAAGUCCACCUACGAGUACACAUAUCGUGCUUGACCGGAGUUAAUAACAAAACGAGCGGGUGCGUUCAAAUUCGUUUGUAAAGUAGUUCGAAAUUUAUUGAUUUCGGCCCCGGUAGGUGUGAAUAAUGAUAUUGUCACCUUUGCCCGGGGAAAGAACUUCGACACCAGCAACGUAUUCAGGUGUUGGAACCAUAUGUGUAUCGCGUCACACGAAUCGUGUUUAUUUAAUGCUUAUGAACACAUUUACUUAAGCGCUUUCGAUCGAAAAUAGAUGUACAGUGUCGCGUUAUAUGAUAUAUUAUGUAUAUGUUUUGAUAUAACAUUAUACACACAUAAAAUAUUUUUACAAUGUAAACGUAUUAUAGUUCAUAAGGUGUAAACAUUUAUUUUUAAACGGACAUUUAGAUUACAUAGACAAUUUUAGGAACAAACGCUGAGCAUCACUGUCGAUUUGAACAAAUUAUAAUGCAUUGUGUUGAGUUUAUACAUAAUAUAUAUAAUUAUGGUUCGCUUAUUUUUUAAUUAUAAUUUCAGUGUUAUAUUAAUUUUUUUUUUUUUUUAUAUUUUAUAACGACUUAUCUGUGAUAUAGCCUAAUUAUUACAAGUUUAAUUAUUUUUCUCUUUUUUUUUUUUUUAAUAUAUAAAAUAUAUAACAAUACAAACUAUUACUGAAUUUGUACACUUGUUAGCAUUAUAUUUAAAGCGUGUAAUAUUGUAUUUAUUAAUUGCACAAUAAACUAUAUAUUUCGAACA